UGUGUGGCUAGUGGCUACUGAUUCCUCUCUCUUUACUGAUUUUCAGAGUACAGUAGGCAUGUGUGUAUAUAUGUUAGCUUGACUAGUUGGCUCUUGUUCAUCGUCCACUAUAUUCUUGUUGUAUUUUAGCUUUUAAUUCUCUUCUCGGUCCUCCUCUAGUCAAUACGGGCGGUCGUCUUGAUGCAAUCCAUAAUAAGUUUGGAUUGAGCAGAAGUUUUUUCCCAUGGCCAACCUUAACUUGGAAAAAGAUGGGGUUUUGAGAUCGUUUUCAGAUUCACCGCCAACUCAUUACUCCGUAGAAAUACAGUUUUUUUCGUUGCUGAUUGAAAAGUACUCAGAGGAUGGAUAUGAAUCGAAGGAGUUUGAAGCUGGAGGGUACAAAUGGAAACUGGUGUUUCACCCAAAUGGAAACAAAAAGAAGAAUGUAAAAGACCACAUCUCCCUCUACUUGGCAAUAGCUGGAACAGAUUCACUAGAUAGUAGUUGGGAAGUAUAUGUUGAUUUCAGAUUGUUUCUGCUUGAUCAGAAUAAGGGAAACUACUUGGUUUUUGAAGAUGCUUUAAUAAAGAAGAAAUGCUUUCAUGGGGCAAUGCGAAGUGCAGGUUUCGAUAAACUUAUCCCUCUUGAAGAUUUUACUGAUGUUUCCAAUGGAUUUCUAGUGGACGACACAUGUGUGUUUGGAGCCGAGGUCUUUGUUUGUAAAGAAAGAAGAACAGGCAAAGGCGAGUGCCUAGCAAGGAUGAAGGAAGCCUCUGUAUGCAAACAUGUUUGGAAAGUUGAGAAAUUUUCAUCUUUAGGUGCUGAAUUUUAUGACUCUGAACCGUUCACUGCUGGGGACUAUAAUUGGAAGAUAAAGCUGUAUCCUGAUGGAUGUGGUGAAGGCAAGGGUAGUCAUCUUUCUCUGUUUUUGGAAUUGGCUAGUCCCAUAACCCUCCCCCCUGGCUCUGGACUAUUUGUGGAGUAUAGAUUUCGCAUCCUAGAUCAAAUUCAUCAUCAGCAGCAUCCUUCUAGUGGUAAGGACUGGUUCCGUGGCAGUACUCCAGCUUGGGGUUGGCUUCAAUUCAUUGAACAAGAAACUUUCAGGCAGGCAGACAAGGGGUUUUUGAAGAAUGAUGCUUGCAUAGUGGAAGCAGAGGUGACCGUCCAUGGAAUUUCUAAAGCACUAUAGCAAACCAGAAUCAAAGGACUGCUUGUCAUUUUAGUUUACUGCUCUAUAGUAAACUUGUCCCAACUAAUGUACUGAAAAAACGAUAACUAAUCAUUUUGUGGUUGUUUGGUAACAUUUCAAGGUUUCAACAGGGUAUGCUGUAAGACAAUGAGUAAAUAUCAUUAGUGUUAUGAUAUAAGAAAAAUCUGCCACUAGCCAACUUUG